UCAAGUUUAAUAAUACUUAGGUGUACAAUUGACAAUAUUAUGCUAUGGCCCAUGAUUCUAGGGAUUUUAUUCUAGCAAUUCAUAGUAGUACAGACUAGAGUUUACAGCUUUACAAGCGUUAAAUACAACUCUUUCUGUUGUACAAGAUAUCUGUCUCAUAAUAUCACAGAUUCACAGUGAUACUUGCGCUAUAAUCAGAGAAUAAAAUCCCUAGAACCAUGGCCUAAUAUUGUCCAUUGUAAACUAUAAUUAUUGAACUUCAUUAGGAAAAUCCGUAUCAGUUACUUCUAUGCCUCUGUAAUUGGUUAACACAAUUUAGUAAUUUACACACUAAAGUAAUACUCUAAUGCAGAGUACUUACCUUUCCCGUCACGGUGUCACUCUCAAAGUGUUUACCAGACCAAAAAAACCGUGAGGGUUAAUGUUUUUGGUGAGGGUCAUUAUCCUUGCCAUCAAAGUAUCAAACAUAAAAUAAGGUAUGAAAAUCAUAAUGUCUGGCCAAAAAUGAACCUAAUCAGAAUAGAGACCUGCAUUGCACUUAAAGAGUAGAUUGACUAAUGAUAGCGUGCACUUCAAUCCUAUUCAAGACUUAAAUUUCCUUGAAAACCUCUGAACCCAUAUCCAAAUAGACGCUACACUUAUAAUAAUUGAUGAGGUCCAUCAUUGAUGUGCAUCACCAUUUCUAUUCUUAAGGCUGUAACACCGGUGUCAAAGCGAUUGUCAGCUCUAUAAAAUCGUAGAAUGGAAUCCUCUUAUUAUACACAAACAUGGAAACAUUCUCUGUAAUUAUGGUAAUAGCAUGUGUCCCACUUCUGUUUAUGGUUAUACUUUCUCUAAAUUACUCCAAAUCCAAGUCCAAAUGUCCUCCUGGACCGAAAAGCAUGCCCUUUAUUAGUAACAUCUUAUGGCUUCUAAAAUCAACCUUAGAAAUCGAAACAUCCGUUCGAUUACUUUGUUCCAAGUAUGGAAAGAUUAUUACUUUACAUAUAGCUUCACAUCCUGUCAUCUUUAUCACCAGUCGUUCUCUAGCCCACCAGGCCUUAGUUCAGAAUGGGACUGUCUUUGCAGACCGUCCUAAGCCGUUUCUUACAGCAAAGAUUCUCACCUGUAACCAGCAUAACAUCAGUUCAGCUUGCUAUGGCUCUACUUGGCGCCUCCUUCGUAAAAAUCUGACUGCACAAAUCCUACACCCUUCAAGAACCAAAGAGUUCUCUCACACCCGGAAGUGGGUCCUAGACAUGCUACUUAAUCGACUAAAAAAUUCUGCUGUAACAAGUAAUAAGGGCGUUGUCAGGGUGCUGGAUCACUUCCGGUUUGCUAUGUUUAGCUUGCUUAUGUUUAUGUGUUUUGGAGAUAAACUCAAUGAGUCCCAAAUCAGUGAGGCUGAGGCAGUCCAACGCCGAUUACUAACAUCAUUCAAUCGCUUCCUCAUACUCGAUAUCUGCAGGCUUCCACUGUCUAGAAUUGUGUUCUGCCGUCGAUGGAAUGAAUUUUUUGACUUACAGAAAAAACGGGAAGAGUUGCUACUUCCUCACAUCAGAGCACGAAAGAAGAUGCUGGAGCCAUUGGCAGACCGACAUAGCCCUAAGGUAAGCAUCCAAGCCAAAACUCUUAGUGAUGGAAUCAGCCAGUUGGCUACUUCUUAUGUGGACACUUUGUUUACACUAGAGGUUCCUGAGGAAGGGAAUGGAACCGCAGCAAAGAGAAAGCUAACAGAAGAGGAACUGGUGAAUCUUUGUUCUGAAUUUCUUAAUGCAGGAACUGACACUACAACAACAGCGAUGCAGUGGAUUAUGGCCAACCUUAUUAAAUACCCACAUAUCCAAGCUAAGCUUUUUGAAGAAAUCAAGGGAGUCGUUGGAGAAAAUUGUACAGAAGUUAAAAAAGAUGAACUAUCAAAGAUGCCUUACCUUAAGGCCGUAGUAUUAGAGGGACUAAGACGGCACCCCCCAAGUCACUUUGUUCUGCCUCAUGCUCUGACCGAAGAGGUAGAGUUGGGUGGGUAUACCCUGCCUAAGAAUGCAAUCAUAAAUUUCAUGGUUGCAGAGAUGGGCCUGGAUCCUGCAUUAUGGGAGAGUCCAAUGCAAUUCAAGCCUGAGAGAUUUCUGUCAAUUCAGGGGACUGAAGAAUUUGAUGUAACAGGAAGGCGCGAAAUAAAGAUGAUGCCAUUUGGUGCUGGACGAAGGAUGUGUCCAGCCAUUGGCUUGGCUAUUCUUCACCUGCAAUACUUUGUGGUUAAUCUGGUUUGGAACUUUAAAUGGGAAGCUAUAGAGGGAGAUGAGAUUGAUUUGUCCGAGAAACAAGAAUUUAGCAUUGUAAUGAAACAUCCUCUCCAUGCCCACAUUUCCCCGAAGAUAACUAUAUAAACAGGUCAGUUGGUACAGAUCCGUCAGUCUGACAAUUAAUACAUAGUACGUAUUAAUUUUGCUUGGAACAGCAUUAUAACAUAACAAUUCGUCGCUUUUUUGUUGUAAACAACUUGUCAAACAAUAGAAUAUACACAAGGGCACAAGUCAAGCUUUUCAAGGAAGAU